AUGGCUGGUCCUCUUCAUUGUAACCCUGGUACCUGCUGCUCCCACCAAAAUGCAGUGCCCAGCGCGCAGCAAACGCUGGAGGAGAUGGACUUCGAGAAGGGAAUCUGGUCAGCAGCUCUGAAUGGAGACCUGGGCCGGGUGAAGUAUUUAAUUCAGAAGGCCGCGGAUCCCAGUCAACCAGAUGCAGCUGGCUACACAGCUCUGCACUAUGCCAGCCGCAAUGGACAUUACGCUGUGUGCCAGUUCCUGCUGGAAAGUGGAGCCAAGUGUGACGCCCAGACCCAUGGGGGUGCCACGGCGCUGCACCGUGCCAGCUACUGCGGACACACAGAAAUAGCACGGCUUCUUCUUUCCUAUGGGUCCAACCCCACAGUGGCUGAUGACGAUGGCAUGACCAGUUUACAUAAGGCUGCCGAAAAGGGUCACAUGGACAUCUGCUCCCUUCUUUUGCAACACAGCCCAGCCCUGAAGGUCAUCCGUGACCAGAAGGAACGGCGAGCGUGUGACCUGCUGCCCUGUGACAGUGACCUUCAGGACCUGCUUGCCAGUUGA